CGGUUGUGCGUUUGACUGGCAUCCCCCUUGUCUUUCCGUAGAGCGUUAUGCCAUUUGGAGCAGAGGAAUAAUCUGCCUCGAAUCCCUGCAGGAAAAGCUGGUAUUGGGACUCUCCGAAGUGCUGUUCGCUGAGCCAUUUAUCUCUGCCGUGUCGCCUGUGUCUGUGAAUCUUGUGCCUGAAGGCCAAUCCAACCCUAGGAGCAGGAAGAAGAGGAAAAUCGUCCAGAACCAAGAAGGUCUUGUUGUCUCUGCCGCCGGAAAGCCAGCCAGUAGCUGAAGACUCCGCCCCGCUCUGGGCCAGAGCAAGGCUGUUCUGUGACCAGGUUAAGAGAUUCUCCCUGACUUUACCAUGGGCCGCACUCGGGAAGCUGGCUGUGUGGCCGCCGGCGUGGUCAUCGGGGCUGGUGCCUGCUACUGCGUAUACAAACUGACCUGGGGAAGAGACGAGAACGAAAAAAUCUGGGAUGAAGAGGAGGAGUCCAGUGAUACGUCAGAGACUGGGAUUGAGACUGGAAAAAGAGCUAAGGCUAACAUUGGGGCAGGGUCUGGGGCCAAAGUUCAGGGUUCCUCAAAGGCCAAAGCUGAGGUGAGUUUGGGACUGCAGAGUGGUCCAGGUGUAAAAAUGGAGUCCCAUUUGGCAUCCCAGAGUGGAGGUGGCCUAGAAGCCAAGGCCAAGGCCCUUUUCAACACCCUGAAGGAACAGGCAAGUGCAAAGGCAGGCAAAGGGACCAGGGUGGGUACUAUCUCUGGGAACAGGACCCUUGCACCGAGUUUACCUUGCCCAGGAGGCAGGGGUGGAGGCUGCCACCCCACCAGGAGUGGGGCUAGGGCUGGAAGCAAGGCAAGUGGAAAAUCCAAGGGAAAGACCCGAAGUAAGAGCACCAAGGCUCUACCUACAACAUGGCCUGUCCGCAGGGCCAAGUUCAACUUUCCCUAUAAAAUUGAUGAUAUUCUGAGUGCUCCAGACCUUCAAAAGGUCCUUAACAUCCUGGAGAGAACAAACGAUCCUUUUAUUCAAGAAGUAGCCUUGAUCACUCUGGGUAACAAUGCAGCAUAUUCAUUUAACCAAAAUGCCAUACGUGAAUUGGGUGGUGUCCCAAUUAUUGCAAAACUUAUAAAAACCAAAGACCCUAUUAUUAGGGAAAAGACUUACAAUGCCCUUAAUAACUUGAGUGUGAGCGCUGAAAAUCAGGGCAAAAUUAAGACGUAUAUCAGUCAAGUGUGUGAUGACACCAUGGUCUGUCGUUUGGACUCAGCUGUGCAGAUGGCUGGAUUAAGACUGUUAACCAACAUGACUGUGACUAAUCAUUACCAACAUUUGCUUUCCUAUUCUUUUCCAGACUUUUUUGCUUUGCUAUUCCUGGGAAAUCACUUCACCAAGAUACAGAUUAUGAAACUAAUUAUAAACUUCACUGAAACCAGCUAUGACAAGGGAGCUGGUCAGUUGUAA